GCCGGAGAUGGGAAUGGAUCUUGAGUUCAAUAUGCCGGGGCAUAGGACCUCUUUCGCAUUAAAAAAAAGGGGGGGAGGGCACACCGAAUUUCUUCUUUUUCUCUCUCUCUUUUCUCUCUUUUUUUUUCUUCUCUCUUUCUUUCUUGAACACUGGCGUUAUGAACCUUUCUAUUUCGGAAAUAGCACCAAAAUAUGAUAACGUGGAAUGGGUAGACACGGAUGCCUCAGAGGAUGAAGACUUUUUACCUCAAUUCCGACAUGAACAACCCAUCUUGCCUUCAAUAAAGGACUCAUAUUACGAAAGUAGCAGUGGCAGCAGUUUCGAAAGUAACAGUAGUCUGGAACAAGAAUUCCUCGAUGACAUAUUGGAUAGAAAACGAAAUCGCAUGAAUUCAUUAAGCUGGGAUAUAAACACUAGAGAAAUGUUUCGCCGUAAACUUACCAUCAGCACCGAAACACCCGCUGACAAAGUGCGUAAAGCCAUCGAUAAAACAAUCGAUCACGGUAUUGAACGAGUAGACAUAAGUAAUGUGGAGUUGACGGAAAUACCCGACGAAAUAGGCGAACUCCAAUAUGUCACAGUUGUUCAUAACGAUAUAGUAAAAACCGCUUCUUUGCAAAUAUUCCUGUAUGGAAAUUACCUAGAAUCAAUCAAUCCAUGCUUAUUUCGCCUGAAGAAUUUGACGGUUCUUAGUCUGAGAAAUAACCGCUUAAUCUCCAUUCCACCUGACAUAGCCUUACUUGAAAAUCUAGUAGAACUUUCGCUUGGAAACAAUCAGCUGACUACAGUGCCGGCAGAGCUUUUGCGUUUAAAGAAAUUGGAUAUCCUUUCGCUUUUACCCAACCCAUUUUUACCUUUACCCGAGGACAACUCACACAGGAAACGCAUACAACAAAGAAGGUCUUCUUUAACAGAGAUCGCUACCCGAAGUCUUUUGACGAACACACAGUCAGACAGUAUGAUUAAGGAAAACAAGUGUAUAUUACCUACAGAGAUUCUCCACCGAUUUCAAUCGAUUUCUCGAGUAAAUUAUUGUGAACAAUGUAAAUUACUUUUCCAUUUACCAGAUUUAGAGGAAAUUAUUUGGCAAAGUGUACUCAAGAAUCAUCAUAUACCUGUUCUUUAUCGCUUUUGUUCUGUACGGUGUUGCAAUACCAUGAAACCAUCCUCAACACUCAUAGAAUAGACACCCUUUCUUGUUGUCUCCACCCCCACCCCUUACAUUAUUCCCGCCCCACAUCCUUUUAUCUUUCACAUCUUUAAUAAAACCCAUACGCCCCCAUCAUCUUUACGUCAUACCUUUCUCUUGUCAACCUUCUCUUCUCUUUUAGUCCCAAAUCACAACAAGAAAGUCCGCUUCCAUUAUUAAUUUAUUCGGGUCGAUCGUGUGAUUUUUAACUUUUCAGUCACAUUAGGAAAAUAAUGUCUGUCCCCAAUGUAAAAAAAUUGUUGGGAGGUCGAUGCCAAGAAAAAAAAAACACUGCAGAAAUACCUAGCAUGAAUUGAGAAAGUUC